UAAAUUCCAAUAACUCCCCCAAAUCUGAAAACAUAGAAAGGAACCCUUCUUCUUAAUUUAUCUCUAGUCUGAUAUUUUGCACCAGGGUUCGAGUAUAGUUUCUGGUUUCUGCUCGUUGAUUGAUUCCUGACCGAAGAAUCGCCGGAGAUGGAGGGUGUUGGUGUGCUGUCUGCUACCGACCAGCAACAAAUGGUCUCUUCCUUUCUUGAAAUUGCUGUUGGCCAAACCGCCGAUACCGCUAGGCAGUUCUUGCAGGCCACAAGCUGGAAGCUUGAAGAAGCGAUUCAACUUUUCUACAUCGGAAAUGAAGGUGGUGCAGCCUCAUUACCACCAUAUGCCUCGCCACAGAAUGAUACAGCCAUGUCCGACCAAAGCUUAGGAUUAUCAGAAUUUGAAAAUAUUAGAGAAACCGAUGUCAGUGAGGUCCGAGCACCUCUACCGGUCAAACGGGAUGUUCUAUACGACUCUCCAAUGCUUUACGGGGCAUCAAGAAUGGGGGUUUCUCCACAUGCGACAAUUCCAUUUCGAAAUUUUGAUGAGGAAUUGAAACGUCCGGGAGUUUGGGAAACAGAUCAAGGGUCCACAUCAACAGCAGAAAGUUCUAGAGAUAAUCUUGCUUCUUUGUAUAGGCCUCCUUUUGGUUUGAUGUAUCAUGGACCCUUUGAGAAGGCAAAAGAAGCUGCUAAUGUGCAAGACAGAUGGCUCAUAGUAAACGUGCAAUCUACCCGAGAAUUUAGCUCACAUAUGCUUAAUCGAGAUACUUGGGCCAAUGAAGCUCUUGCUCAAACAAUCACCUCUAAUUUCAUCUUCUGGCAGGUAUGUGAUGACACUGAAGAGGGGAGCAAAAUAAGUACAUAUUAUAAAUUAGAUUCGGUCCCUGUUACCUUUGUCAUUGACCCCAUUACGGGUCAAAAAAUGCGCUUAUGGCGUGGAAUGAUCCAACCUGAAAAUUUAUUGGAGGCUUUGUUACAAUUUAUGGAUGGUAGCCCAAAAGAUCAUCAUUUAAGCUUGUCUAACAAACGCCCAAGAGAAAAGUAUCAACCUGAACCUCCUAAAAUCCAAGAUGAAAGUAAUGAAGAAGAGGAGGAUAUGAAGGUGGCACAAGCAUUAUCAAUGGGAACAAUGGAGGAUAAUAGUGAAAUCCUAAAAGAUUUGGAAGCCAUUAAAGAGGCUCCAAAGCAAAGCUAUCCACCAUUGCCUGAAGAACCGAAAGUUGACCGGAAUUUGACUUGCAGGGUGGGUGUCCGGCUGCCAGAUGGACGGAGGGUUCAAAGGAAUUUUUUACUGUCUGAUCCGAUUCAGUUGCUGUGGUCGUUUUGUGCUGCGAAUUGUGGCGAUGAACGGGGGUUUAGAUUGACUCAUGCAAUUCCGGGUGCUGUGAAAGAUAUGGAGUAUGAAAGCAUGUUGUCAUUUGAGGAAUCUGGUGUUGCAAAUUCCAUGAUUUCAGUUACUUGGAGUGAAGCUUAAGUCUUUUUUAUUGUUAAUGUUAUUAUAUUUUCUGUUUGUUUUUGUAUGUAUAUGUAUAUAUACUCUUUCUUUGCUACUAAUUAUGACCUGAAGAUACCAGAGCUUUAAAUUAUAUGUGGGCUGUUUUGGAGAUC